AUGGAUGACUUACCUCUUUAUCCAGGACUUGAAAGCCCCUUAAACUUCGACUUUCGAGUCGAACCAUCAACAUACCCACAAGCAAGCCUGCCGCGAGACAAUACCCAGCAAUUGACUAACGAAGCCAUAGACGUUGCGAUCACGAAAUCUACUCCUAGUCACGUUGAUCGUGGGCCCGAGAUAGAUUAUGAACAUAUUAUCGACAGUAAGUUCGAGCUUUUUGAUUUCGAAAACUUCCCGCAAGACGAGAAAGUUCUGAGAGGUGGACUCGUUGACGCCAUUAUCUUUAUUCACAAAGGUGCUGAGAUCAUGGCUAACAUGAAAGACAUAGGAGCAAGUCAAUCAUUCCUACGCUACUUCCGUGAGCAGGAUACACCCACCGUCCUCUACGUGUUAUCGAGCUUGGCCUCACGACUGGGAGCAGCCGGAUAUCCACAGCAUACCUGGAGUCAACCACGUUUGAAGCUAUACCAUUACACUGCUUCGCGCGUUGAGGUUGUAAGUCAGCCCGGAGGUUUGGCGUACAUGUCGGGAGCGUACGGUCCUGACAGGCUUGAGGAAGAAUACAUGGUCGUAUGCCGCCUGUUACUCGAGGGUCGAGAUCAAGGAUUCACAACCGGUGAUUCACAACGUCUGUCAGACAUCGACGGUACGGACCUGGGGUUCUGCGCGUCUUCAGCCAUGUACUUCGUCGGUCUGACGCUGGUCCAUGAGCUUCUUCAUUCACGAGACCUGGGCUCAAUAUUUUGUGGUCCUCCAAAUAAAGCUAAUGUCCCCUGCUCCACAACCAUAGAUGAUGUGGUGUUUGUGUCUCCUACGACUGGACUAUUCAUCCAGACUUAUGGACCAUGGGUCUCGCAGGAGCUUCGACGUGCUCAUCCGGAAUGGUGCACGCACAGCGUAGAGCCUUAUGUCUGGUUUCUAUCAGAAGAGUUCUGGAAAUGGCGUACUGGAAGGCUUGAGGAGUGGGAAGAUACUCCUAUGACUUCUGACCUCUUCUGGAACUGGAUGGAACAUUUAAACGAAGACCUCGAGGGAGUGCAGGAGAUGUUUGAAGCAGAGGAAGCAAAAAUAUCAGUGCCCUGCGUGACAGACACAUUGCAGGCAAUAUGGACCUUCGUCUAUCUCGUGAUAUUGAUGCAGAUCGGGCUGCUGUUGCUGUGUGAACAGGAUCUUUGGUGGCAGCAGCAUAUAUUUCGCGUGAAAGAGAGUGACAUGCUUUCAUGGGCACAGCUGCCACACUCGAAGUCGGCACCUGCGAGAAAGCUGCGGAUCCUCGACUUUCCUGCUGGACAGGAUAUGGAAAAAUUAACGAUUUAA